CAAGACAGUACAACAACUCCUUCUCCUCCUCUUUCUUUAUUAUUCUCCCUUUUCCAUCAUCCUCUCGUGCUCAUCUGGCUGGUCUCACCUGGAAAACCUGCUUCCUCUUCUUCCUUAUCCCACUCAGCUUCAUCAGGACGCGGGGAGCGGAGGACGACCUUACAUGGACACAGAGUAACGGCCCACACACCUCCUCCCUGGUCUCCAAACCACUCAGGCCCUUUGGCUUUCAUAUGGGAGACGUGGAAGCACAGAGGGAUAAACUGGAAGCUCAGAGACGGAAAGCAGGAGCUGAAGAGGGCAUCUGGAGAUCCAUAGGCUCUGCAGCAUCAUCAUCAGCAUCCUCACAGUUUAAUAAGUCAGAGAGCUGAGCAGGAGGCAAACACACACAUUUUGUUGUUCCUGGAUUUAUUUUUUCUUCUUCCAGAUCCCUGCAGAAAUAAACAACAAUAUUAAAGAAGAACUUUAUUAUUAUUCGGAGACUCAACUGAGGUCAGCUUCUAAUCCCCAACAUUAAUAAAGAGCCUAUUGGAUGAAAUCGAGGUGUUUUUACCCUGAGGAGCGUCUUGCAGGAGCAGAGAACCUCUGCUUUCGGUCUGAAGACAAAGUGACUAAAAGGAAAUUAAAAACAGUCCAAUAAACAGGAAGCUCACCUACUAGUAUGAUGUGUUCCUGCUCCUUCUGAAUCUUUUUCAUGGCUUGACAUCUUCCUGACCUCUGACCCCUACCUCCCCAUCCUCCAUCCUCAACAUGUCCAACUCACUCAGCUCUCGCUGCUCAGACUACAUCAGAAAGUCCGACCAGGUGGAGCAGUGAACCACGCCUGGAAAAGACCACCCAACUUAGACUGAUUAGCCCUGCCUCCCCCCACCUCUUCAACUCCUCCUCUGUUGAGACGCUCGGAUGCAAGAUGGCGGCCGGCGUUGCCACGUGGUUGCCGUUUGCGCGGGCGGCGGCUGUGGGCUGGCUUCCUCUUGCCAAAAAGACGAUGCCCAAACCUCCAGUGGACAAUUCCUCCAGAUCCGACGAGAUCCUGUACGUCAAUGUCAGCGGCGUUCGCUUUCAGACAUGGAAGAACACUCUGGACCGUUACCCUGACACCCUCCUGGGCUCCUCAGAGAAGGAGUUCUUCUACAACGAGGACACUCAGGAGUAUUUUUUCGACAGAGACCCCGAGAUGUUCCGACACAUCCUGAACUUUUAUCGUACUGGGAAGCUCCAUUACCCCCGAAAUGAGUGCAUCCAGGCGUUUGACGAGGAGCUGGCCUUCUACGGCAUUGUACCAGAGAUCAUUGGAGACUGCUGCAUGGAGGAAUACCGAGACAGGAAAAAGGAGAACCAGGAGCGCCUGGCAGAGGACACGGAGGCCAACGAGGCGACAGACGCCCCCCUCCCUCCACACAGCACUCCCAGGGAGCGUCUGUGGCGGGCCUUUGAGAACCCCCACACCUCCACCAUGGCACUGGUCUUCUACUAUGUCACAGGUUUCUUCAUUGCUGUGUCUGUUAUCGCCAACGUGGUGGAGACAGUGCCCUGCCGGCCUCCGAAGGGCAGCGUCAAAGACCUCCCUUGUGGGGAGAAGUACCAGCUGGCCUUCUUCUGCAUGGACACGGCCUGCGUGCUCAUCUUCACCUUCGAGUACCUGAUGCGCCUGUUCGCCGCGCCCAGCCGCUGUAAGUUCAUGCGUUCUGUGAUGUCGGUGAUCGAUGUGGUGGCCAUCAUGCCCUACUACAUUGGCCUGGUGAUGCCUGAGAACGAGGAUGUGAGCGGUGCCUUCGUCACUCUGCGGGUGUUCCGCGUCUUCCGGAUCUUCAAGUUCUCACGUCACUCUCAGGGUUUGAGGAUUCUGGGUUACACAUUGAAGAGCUGCGCCUCUGAGCUGGGAUUCCUGCUCUUCUCCCUCACUAUGGCCAUCAUCAUUUUCGCCACCGUCAUGUUCUACGCUGAGAAGGGUACCAAGGGCUCCACCUUCACCUCCAUCCCAGCCUCCUUCUGGUACACCAUCGUCACCAUGACAACACUGGGGUAUGGCGACAUGGUUCCAAACACCAUCGCAGGGAAGAUCUUUGGGUCCAUCUGCUCUCUCAGUGGCGUGCUGGUGAUUGCUCUUCCAGUGCCAGUCAUUGUGUCCAACUUCAGUCGGAUCUACCACCAGAACCAGAGAGCAGACAAGAUGAGAGCUCAGCAGAAAGUGCGAUUGGCUCGGAUCCGCAUGGCAAAGAAAGGAACGACCAACGCCUUCCUCCAGUACAAAGAGGACCACACACUUGGAGACAGAGACAGCGACAGCACGGCUCUGUGUGUCAAGAACAGAUCAACAUUUGAGCAUCAGCACCACCACCUGCUUCACUGUCUGGAGAAGACCACGAACCACGAGUUCACAGACGAGAUUACCUACAGCGAGCUCUGUAUGACCGAGUCGGUGGGCUUCAGGACCAGCCGCAGCACCUCCCUGUCCAGCCAACAGGUUGCGCAGAACAACUCCACAGGUUGCUGCCCCCGCCGGGCCCGGAGGAGAGCUGCCAUGCGACUUGCUAACUCUACGGUGUCCGUGAGCCGCGGGAGUGUCCAGGAGCUGGACACCCUGCAAUUUAAAACCACCUCCAUACCGCCCCAAACUCGAUCCAGUCUGAACGCCCAGCCUGACAACCUGAAGCUGAACUGUGGUGACCAGGAUUUCACUGCCGCCAUCAUCAGCAUUCCCACUCCGCCUGCCAACACGCCGGAUGAGAGUCUGCCCCCAUCGCCAGCCCCCAUUCCUGGCAUCCUGCGGAACACCCGGGCCACCGCCUACACCCAUGAAACCGUUAAAAUCUCUUCCUUAUAGCCUUUGACUCCUUCUCCCCCUAAUUCCCACCCCUUCAGAAACCCGUCCCCUCUGAGCCUCUGAUCCUGGAUCUGGGGCACAACAGGCUAACAGUUGAGACUACUCCAAUGAAUCCUUGGAGCUGCAAGAUGUUCAGUAUGAGCAUGAAAAUGAAGCUAAAGCUGCAGAAACUUUAGAGAAACAUUUAUUCUCCUCAGGACAUUUAAGAAUCAAAAGAGUCCUCCAUUUCAGCACAUCCACACACUUUUCAUCCCAACACGGUUCAUCCAUAGAGGUCUUCUUUUUGCACAAACCCUGGUCAGGAUUGUCCUGGACCAUCUGAAACCAGCUGCUGCUUUGGUUUAAACGGGAUGGAUGGAAAAUGGCUGCUCAGGAGAACAGUCAAGAAAUAAAGCUUGUUGGAAGAAUUUGACUCAGAGGGAGUUUCUCGGGUCAAGCUGUAAGCUGAGUGAGUUUUAAGUGAGAACAUUACUUGAGGUCACUUUGGGCUGUUUGGUUCUGAAGAAAGAAAAUGAUUGAUAGGAACUCUCAGGAUUAUCAGAUGAAGAUUUUAAAGCUGUUGCUGAAACCAACAGACCUACCAACCAAACUGAAGCAGACUGAACUGAUUCCGUCCUUCUGCAACUGAAAGGAUCCAAACUUACUGCAGAAUCUUUGGAGCGUUGAAAGCAAGAUGGGAUUAAUGGGCUCUGAUCUAAGCUGCUCUGGUCUGACUGUAGGUCCAAAGUGUUCGAUCCGGGCCGAGAGCCUUUUAUUCUUUAAAAUAUGCAACGUUACUCCGAGCAGGAAAACAACGUCAACAGCUGAACAGAACUAUAUCAGUAACAGAGUCUGUUCAGAUCUCCAAUAAUUACUGCAGGGAACAAACAUUUGUCAUGUGAUGUUUUCACAGAGACAGGAAAUGACUGAAGCUUCUCAGCAGGAGGUCCCGCUGGUCGGGUUGACGUGCACUUUUCUGUCAGAUGUUCAAGACCAAUCUUCCAGGGUUAAAAACAAACUUUCCAACAAGAUCAACUUCCUUCAACCUAAAACAAGAAGAAGCUGACACCAAUAGGGUCACAUGACCAAUCAGCUGUUUCUGCAAACUAAAGAUGGCCGACACAUGCAGAGAAACUAAUCCAGGAGAGUUUCUGGUGAUUUCUCUGGAAUUGUUUCCAUCUUCUAGAUUUUAUUCCUGAUUAAGGUAGGUCCAGAUUCUGUUUGGAAGAGGACUAGCAUACAGCGCCACCCACAGGCCACAGUAGUUUAUUCACUCCUCAGCAGCUGGUAGGAAAAGGUGUUUCUCUGGAGGAAAGUUUGCUUGACAGUAACAACUGAGCUAAGGUCUGAUUGGUUCCUUGUCCAAAGUAUGAAGCAGCCAGAGGCACAAGGUAGAGGUUUUUUUUACUCCAAAUUACUGUAGACCUGAAGAUAAAUUAGUUGCUUCAUAUUUACAGUCAUGAGGAAGACUAAGUCCAGCCCAUGAUCCACCAGCUUGAAGAACCAUCCAACAAUACCUCAGCAGUGGGUUUCUUGGGUUGAGUGUGAAAAGUCUUAAGGAAUUAAGCCUUUGGUGAACCAAUGGGCUGGAAGGCUUCAUGAAGCUUCAUCUCACCAUCACUUCCCAAAAGGAGAAUCACCUUCAGCAGUGGUUUUCUUCCUGACCUUAUCAGUUUGUCACAUCAUCAUGGAGGAGUUCUGCUCCACGAUGCGUCAGUUUAUUGAGACUUCUGCUCAGCUUUCUGAAGGUCUGACCACAUCUGUGAAUCAAUCUGAGGUCUGGCCUUUGACUGGGCCAUUGCAGCACAGUGAUCCUUGUUUUUUUAAGCCAUUCUGUUAUAGAUCAGCUGCUAUGUUUGGGAUCAUUGCUCUGUUGGUAACCCAGUUUGGACCAGGCUUCAGCUGCUGGUCCACUCAGUGACAGAAAAAUGAAAAGCAGACCCAAACCAUCAAUCCUCCGCUGCCGUGCUUAACAGCUGUUGGUAUGAGGGGUUUGCGUUUCAUUUCCUCCAAAUACUCUCUGGCCUUGGGCUGAAUCUCCUUCCACUCCUGGGAAGAUUGGCAGCUGUCUGGGAUGUUUUCCUCCUGGGAAUAAUCUUCCUCUCUGUAGAAGAUGUAGGAGGUGACCUUAUAACCCUUCCCAGGUUGAUGGGCAGCAAUAGCUGCUGCUCCAAGGUCAAAGAUCUGUAGCAUACAGAUGUGUAGCGUUUCAGCGUGCAACUUUAACUUGGCUGUACUAACUCACUAUCGGUGAGGAGCUGUCCUGCUCUACAAGGUUCUGUUUGUGUUUCCGUGGUUGGAUCAGUGUCUUUAGUCUCUCCUUGUUUCAUAUCAGUCAGUGAACCUGAGCUUCUGGGUGUGCUUUGAACUGGGUGGCUGAUCUGUGUCCAUCGGGAAUCUUGUUUCUACAAGUCAGUCACUUCUUCUAGGCUUGUGGCUUUUUUCUCUCAUCUGGCAACCCUGAAUCAGAGGAUUGUAGUUGAUCUGAAGAAGGAAAAUGCUGUUUGUUUCUCAUCUAUAGACGCAGUCAUGUAUCCUGCUAAUCGCUGGACCACUGUUAAAUGGUUGCUGUCUCCAAGCUGACCACUAGAUGUCAGUAUUUAAUGAAAACAGACCCUUUAACUGUAGCUCCAACACUACUUUUGUUUUAUUAAUAGGUCGGGUGCGGAUGUUUGUCCUGUGAUAAAACACCCAUCAUUUAAAAUACUUCUACAUAAAUUUAAUUUCAUGAAGAGUUUAAAGCUGUUUUUAUGGGUUGAAGGCCAUUUUAGCUAAAAAAUGAAACCCAUUUUUCUCCACUGGAGGCUUUUUGAUCAAACAGUCACUCAUCUGAGUUGAAUAAAGCUCCAGAUCCAGACAGAAAAGUGCACAUCAUUGGCCACAGGAGACUGAGCUGAGAGAACUUAGAUGGCACGUUUUCUCAAACGACUGUGAGACAGGAGACCAGACUGACAUACUGUAAUAUAUUUUGUAUCAUAAACCUGCAUCUUCUGGACCGACCCUUCAACCAAAAAAGCCAAAAAAGGAGACAAAGGUUAGAUGGAAGACGUCAGGUUCCUGCCUGAUGUUCAUCCAUGCAUGAGCCUCGUACUGUAGAAGUAGCACUGCUGAUCAUUUAUCAAACUUAUCAGAGAAAAAGAGAUAACAAAAUAACACAAUGGGGAGGAAAAUCUCAACUUCUGUUGUUUUGCAUGAUGACGUUGGUUCUGUUGACUUGUUUUCCUCCUUCCCUCUUUUCCUUCCUGGAACUUUUCCAGAUGAGUGUUUGCUCCACUGAGGAGGAAUCCAACAGAUUCCUGAUUUCAGAAUCAUUCAGGCAUGCUCCUCCAGGAUGUAUGUGUGUGUGUGUGUGUGUGUGUGUGUGUGUGUGUGUGUGUGUGUGUGUGUGUGUGUGUGUGUGUGUGUGUGUGUGUGGGUGUGUGUGUGUGUGUGUGGUGAGCAGGCACAAAUAUGCAUGGAUACCGUUAUAGGUAUUUUACCUGUUUUCUCCUGCAGCAGCGUGAAGAGAGGCGAGACUGAACUCAGACUGGAAACUUUUCAUCACGUCUUCAGAGAUAUCUCUGCAGGUUGUUGUUCUGCAGCUGCAGCUUCCAGGCAUGAACCUCCGCAGGGCUAACACUGGCAAAAUUCUGAAUCUAUGCAGAAAUAUACAAAAAGUUUAACAUGCCAACAAAUGAAACAAAGUCAUGAAAAUUCUGUUUUACAUCUGGGGAAUAAAUGACUUCAAUCCUGGUUCUAAAUUAAGCCAUUUUUAUUUCUAUAUGUUAAGUCAGGCAGAACAGCAGAUGGAAAAGUCCAAGCUGAGGCAUGGGGAUAUUAAACAGAAAAAUAAACAGGAAUAAAAUAGAUUUAAAACAGUAAUUCAAUGAAUUUACAGUAUUAUAUAUAAAAAGACAAAAUAAUAAAGAAAUAAAUUAAAGUACAAAUUAAAGAAAAUAAAUAUUACAUCAUUAAUUAUUAAAGUUUAAUAGAAAUAUAAUUUCUGCCUCGUUUCAUACAAUCGAUAAAAAGGUUAAUUUUAUUUUAUUUUUUAUAUUUUGUUGCAGUUGUUGAAGUGUUUAUUUAUUGAGCUGUUUCUAUGAUUCUGGACUCCCUCCUAAUUUUGUCAGUAUCAGUCCUCCAUAGAGAACAUGAUGUUAAAAAUGCACAGACUGGCUUUCUACAAGCCUUAUAAAGACUUCAUGUCCACAUGCUACAUGUUCAACUGUAAUGAUUUAAGCAAGAAUCAAAAGAUAGUUUCAAACAUUAUUUGAAUGAUUCAGCAUUUCUAAAUUAUAUUACACUGAUUUUAUAUUAGUUUUAAAGCCAAAAAACACCAAUAUAUUCUAACUUAAAUCUGGUGGAACUUUGGAAACGUUUAAACUAUUAUAUUUUUCAGAGACAUCAGAACAUAAGCUCCUGAGUUUUCAGUCUUCAGAUUUUUUUUUUGUAGUAAAGCUGCUUUUUAUUUGUCUAACAGCUGCUUUAUUCUUUGAAUUUGAAAGCAGAGGAUCAGCAUUUAUUCUAGAGCUUUGACCUUUCACCUGAUAAAAUGUUUGACUUUCUGUUCAAGUGAAGCACUUCAGUCUAAUUCUAGGGUGACAGAAAGCAGGCUGCACCCCAACAUGAUAAUGAUGAUGAUGAUGAUGAAGUUCAGUGUCUGAGUGUCCGAUGGAUGGUGACAGAGUGAAGGAGAAAACAGCAAUAAAGCACAGAGGUGUAUAUUCUAUUCCACUAAUAAAGAGCAACAAAAACUGAA